UUGUGAUUGCUGCUAAAAACUCAAGACUUCAACUGAGCCCAUUUAAAUGACUCAGAGGAGCAGAGGAAGGAUGUUGCAGUAGAAUAGCUGGUUCAGAAUUGUACUUUGGGUAGAAUUUUAAAAUAAAAGUGUUAGGGCAGUGUUGUGUGGGAGUAUUGCUCCAGGUUAAAAUGGCUCAGUUUGACUGCAGCAAAGAGAACAGCCCCAGUUUUUGCCGUAGCGUUGUCACUAAUCUUUACUUGGCAAGAAGUCAUCAUGAGAAUAAUUUGCUCUCACAAAGUCCAACCACAGAGACAACAGAGCAGGGUUCAUUGGGGUUUUCUCUCCUGCAAAACAGCAUUGCACAGAACUCUGGAGUCCAUGAAGAGAGCAGUUCCUCCAUAAACCAGCCUGGGGAUUGCAGGCCUCCCAGAGACAUAGCUUCAGCCAUCAGGUCACUGGCUUCGAAGGGCACUUUGGAUGUGGGGAGAAUGCACUCGAUGCCCAAGUUAACCUCAUCGUCCAGGCUUGAGGAAAAAAAUCCACCCUUGUCUCCAUUAGAUGAUCAGGAUUUAAGUGUAGAGGGGGGAGCAGAUCCAGUUGAGGAGGAAGUGCCGACUGUAUCAUUCCAGUCAAAGUACUUUCAUUUUUUCCCACUGUAUCAAGACUACUGUCUGCAGGCAAUGAAAGUUGAUCUACGCAGACUUAACACAAGUUUUGUGACUGAGCUGAUAUCACCCCAGUAUCUGCAGUCCUGCCUUAGCCCUCAUUUCCAUUUUGAUACUCCAUCCUUUCAGCUAACGUCUCCUGAAGCAACUUUAUCAUCGCCUCCACCUCAGCCUAUCAGGGUAACUCCAUGUACCCUCUGGCAAAAUCUAGAUGAGGUGAAGGCAUCUGGGAUCCUGAGCAGAUUGACCCCCAAAGAGAUCCGCCUUCAGGAGGCUAUGUUUGAGUUGAUCGGCUCAGAGGCAUCGUACUUGAGAAGUCUUGAGGUUGCCAUCAGUCAUUUCUAUGCAUCGAAGGCACUGAAACAGACCUUGUCUCAAAGGGAGCAUCACACUUUGUUCUCUAACAUCAGUUAUGUGAUGGCAGCCAGUGAAAAGUUUUUCAGGGAUCUGGAAAUGCGACUGGCAGAAAGUGUGCUAAUAUCUCAAGUUGGAGACAUCGUGCUGCAGCACUGCCCAAAGUUUCACCCUCUGUAUGUGCCAUAUGUGACUAAUAUGAUGUACCAGGAGGCCCUUCUCAAACAGCUGCUGCAGCAGAACCGAGACUUUGUGUGCUCACUCAAGAAACUUGAGAAAGACCCAGUGUGUCAAAGACAGAGCCUGAAGUCAUUCCUUGUCCUUCCGUUCCAGAGAAUAACUCGUAUUAAGCUUCUAUUGGAGGGCAUCCUGAAACUGACUGAAUCGGACUUGGUUUCAAAUCUUGAAAAGGCAAUAGAAGCAGUUCACAAGAUUGUGACUGAAUGUGACAAAGGAGUCCAAAAGAUGAAACAAAUGGAGGAGCUGGUCUGCCUGAAAAUGCUGCUGGAUUUCAGCAAAGUUAAGUCAGUCCCUCUGGUCGUAAGCGGGCGAUUUCUGGUGCACCAGGGGCCCAUGAGACAGCUGACUGCGGAGAGCACUUCCAACUCCAGAAUGUCAUCUAUUGGUGUCUACCUCCACCUCUUCAAUGACCUCUUGAUCAUCUCCACAAAAAAGGAUCAGCGGUUCAAAGUUGUGGAUCAUGCUGAAUUCCCCAAACAUGUGCACACUGAGCAGCUGAAGACUGGAGUCCUGGGCCUGCCUCCUGACUCCUUCCUGCUACGCCUCUCUCAAAGUCAGACGGGACAUCCAACUGCUGUGAUACUUGCUCCAUAUACAAGGUCAGAUAAAGAGACAUGGAUGAAAGCACUGUCCUGUAAACAGUGAUGGGAGCUUGAUGUUUUAACUUGCACGUUAAUGUAUGCAUUUUGAUAUUUCAACUUUGUUAACUUGUUCACCCUUAAGACGUGUAACUUGACUACACUUGAUGUUCUUGGUCAUGGCAAUAUAUGACACACAAAGCACUGAACUAAGCACAAACACAGCAAGUAAGGGGAUAUGUUUUAUUGAUGGGCAAUAACUUUUUAUCUUGUAUUAAAUACUGGCUUUUUAAA